AUGGUUAAGGUUCAGCUCCACCAGUCUCUUCUGGGAGAAAAGGAGCAGGAGCUUGAAAGAGCUUUCUCUGAACUGGAUGUGUUAUUGGAAGAAGUAGUUACAGUUGAAGUUAAAAGACACACUGUUCUAGAAGAUGUACAAAGAAUUUACAGUAAUCAAAGUAUCAUCAAUAAACGUUUACAUGUAAACUUUAUUGGGGAAGAGGGAGAUGACUUUGGUGGGUUAACAAAAGAUCUUUUUUCUUCUUUUUGGAACAGUGCUUUCAUUCAGUGGUUUAAAGGUGAGGAUGCUCUUGUCCCAUGUAUACCAGUAAAUCAAUAUGCCAAAGCGCCGGACAUUUUUUCUGUUGUUGGUAACGUUUUGUCACAUAUGUGUCAGCUUAAUCAUUGCGUGCCACCCAGAUUUUGUAGAUCAACACUGCUAUCUGUUGUGUUUAAUACCUCUAUGAUUGAUAGUAGAACACUGUUGGAUGACUUUAUGCUCCAUGUAACAGUACCUGAACGAACCUUGCUGCAAAAGGCUUUGAAUAGUUUUGAAAAACUAAGCAUUUCUGAAAAAUCUGACUUGCUGACCUUUUAUUCUGUGAAUGGCAUGCACACAGUUCCUUCAGCUAAAGAUUUUAGAGAGCAACUGGUUCUUGUAGCACAAAAUGAACUGGUAAUAAAACCAAUGUUCUUGAAUUGCUUCAUAAGGCAGGCUAUUCCAGAGUCUCAUAUGAGAGCAUUUUGGUCACAGUUAGAUACAGACUUAAUUUCGUACCUGUACUGGCAGGAGAUGCCUACUGCAGACCGUGUGUUGCAGUGUAUAACAACUUCUGAAAAAGACCUGAAACCUGAAGAAGAAGUUGCUUAUUACUAUUUACGUGACUUCAUCAAGUCAGUGGAUCAGGAUGAAAUGUCCAAAUUUCUGCAUUUUGUUACAGGAUCCCCAUUACUGCCAAACGAUGGCAUUACAAUAGUAUUUAAUAGACUUUGUGGUAGCCUGAGGAGACCUAUUGCACACACUUGUAGCAAUACACUAGAGAUACCAGUAAGCUAUGCUUCAGUACAGGACUUCAAACGAGAAAUGAAAUCCAUUCUAAAUUCAGAGAAUGCAUUUAUAAUGACAAUGAUUUAAGGUAGUGGUUAGAAUCACAGCAGCUAUAUCUGAAGUCAAGUGACGUGAAGAAUCAUUUGACAAGGGAUGUUUUUAUAUAAAAAAUAUAUAUUUUACUUGUAAAUGCCCAACUACUUAAGCCUGCUUCUUUCAUAAUGAUUUGUAAAGCCUUGAUAGCAUGACUUCCCAGGAACACCACAGCGUAAAGCUUGUAAAAAAUGGAGGGUCAGCAAUCAGUUGAGAUAAAAUUUAAAGUUUUCUGUUCCAAUUCCCUUUUAAUCCAUUCCAGUUACUUUUAUGACAUAGGCUUUUUAUUGAGCACAUAUAUAUAUAUAUAUAUAUAUACACACACACACACACACACACACACAGUAAUCUGUCGUUUAUCCGCUAUGAUUAAGCUCUUCAGUAACUUUAGUUUGUUAUUGAACAGAGAGGAUUAGUUCAGAGAUUGUAGAUCCUACCAAAGUUUUUCUACACUUUCGUGGUAUGUGCUCCGUGCGCUACCAUUGCUGGUAGUGUCACGUGAGCUGUUCAGUGUGUUGAUGUGCAAAUAAAACCUGUUCGCCUGCGGGGCAUAUCAACUCCGUCUCGAUCUCCUGCCUGUCACUCAGCAGCAGAUGCACGCAUCCACAUGACAGACGUCUACCCUGUCACAAGCAUUAAUACCCUGUAUCUAUCUUCUCAAGUGAUUUAGGGGAGCUCCCUAAUAAAAGCCCAAUCUCAAAACAAUAAUUAUGUGAAUAUAGUAAUUGUUACAACUGUGUAUAAUGAUAUUUAAAACAGGAUUCAUUUAACCGACUUUUUACAUAACCACCCUUACUCUGGUUUC